AUGCCAGGAGAAAGUUUCCGGGGCCGGAAGAAGUCCUCGUCCCGAGGCCACCACAAGUUCGUCGGAGUGAGGCAGAGACCAUCGGGGCGGUGGGUGGCGGAGAUCAAAGACUCGUUGCAAAAGGUUAGGCUUUGGCUAGGGACUUUCGACACGGCGGAGGAUGCGGCGCGGGCCUAUGAUGAGGCCGCCAGGGCCUUGCGCGGGGCCAACGCUCGGACAAACUUCGAGCUGCCUGAGUCUGAGCCAAACUCUAGUGGUGGGAACGGCAGCAGAGGCAGCUGCAUCACGGAUAACUUGGUGCCGUUCUCGUUCGACGAGAUGUGCGGGAAUGGGAACGAGGCGGAAGGGCUUGUGGGCGCGUUGAAAUCGAGGCUGUUUGACGGGAAGUCACCAAACAUGCUUCCACCCCUGAGCAACCGGCCCGCCCGGCCGAAAGUAAUGGAGGACUCAUCUCGCAGGAACAGCACGAACAAGCUCCGCGUCUCGUCCGCCCCGACUGCUCCUGUCUCUAAUAGGCUCGCCAAUCCCGCACAGGGUGAUCCCAGCAACUCGGCGUCCGUCCAGACCAAGAGACAAAAUCCUGAACACUUCACUAGCUACGACCAUCAAGAGCGGCACGAAGUCGCGCCAGUUCAUGCGCAGAUCCAAUUUCAGUACCCUGGCCAAAGCACGGCGAUCACAAGCACUGCUAUGUGGUCUAGCGAGCCAUCCUUCGAAGUUCCCUGGGACACCAACAUGAACCCAGCCCUGGAAAAUGGCCUAUUCGACCAGGGCGCCGUCAGUGACACCAUCUUCACGCCCCAGGCAUGGCCAAUUUCCGAGGCUGCCGGGACGAGCAUCAGCACUCCCUACACGGAUCAAUGCUCCGCGGAAUUGUUGGCGAGUAGGAGCUGGAAAGUGAGCUCCAUGAGCAUGGCAAUGUCUCAAAAUGAUCAUCAAACGGGCAUGGAAUGUGCUUGGCCCACUGAGCAGCAGAUGCUUCACUAUGAAAACAACUUCCCGGGUGGUGCCAAUGGCUCCUGGGAUCCUCUCCUCCAUGCCUUCUCAGUGCUUCACUGA